AUGGAUAGAAAGACUAUGGUUGAGAAGAUAAAGAAGCUGCAAGCAAACGCCGAGAAUGUUCAGCUCGGUGGCAAGGGUACUCCUAGAAGAAAAAAGAAAAUCGUAUUCAAAACUGCUGCCGCCGAUGACAAGAAGGUACAAAGCAAUUUGAAAAAGCUUUCAGUAACGAAUAUUCCUGGAAUAGAAGAGGUGAACAUGAUUAAAGACGAUGGGACAGUCAUCCAUUUCAACAAUCCGAAAGUACAAGCUUCUGUCCCGGCCAAUACGUUCUCGAUCACUGGGGCUGGGGAAAACAAACAAAUCACUGACAUGUUGCCCGGUAUUCUUAACCAGCUCGGGCCCGAGUCUCUUACUCAUCUUAAGAAGCUUGCUAACAAUGUUACAAGUCAAUUCAAACCUGCAUCCAAUGAUGAUGAUGUUCCAGAUCUCGUAGGAGACUUUGAUGAAGCUUCCAAGAACGAGGUUAAGGCUGAAGAAAAGGCUUAA